GUAUGAGAAGCCAAGGGAACAAACAUAUUGUACAACUAUCUUAUUUUAGAAAGGAAAAAAAAAAAGUUUAAUUGCAGAUCGGUGUAUUUAAUUAGCCCAAUGAGGACAAAUGAACAGGCCACUAAGCUCCUUGUUUGUGUUAGAGAAUGUGUUUACAAAGUAUUCUCCCAUAAACAACCAAAUUUUAGUAUAAAACUCGAAACGAAUGUACGAAAAAGUUGGAAAGGCGGCAGCAAGUUUAAUCAGUUCUACAUGAGUCUCACCUCUAUUAUAGAUGUCACUGCGAGUAUUUGUGUUUGAACGCAUUGAAUCAGUAGCUAUUACUACGUAAGCAAAGUUAGCUAGUGAGGAAAGUGCCAAAUCCCCCUUCAGUUAACCUCUUGUGUUUGUAAGUUCAUCAUCAUUAUACUUGACAACGGAAGAACUUCGUCAACGAUCAAACCGGCCAUAUAUAGGUAAUCACUAUGCAAAACCCCCCUCAAUUAACCUCUUGUGUUUGUAAGUGCACACUCCAGGACUACAAUUCUAAACCAUUCCAUGCAAUAUAAAUUCCCUAUUACCUAGCUCUUACUUGAAAAUACAACAUAAAAUUUGUUCUCCUUUGGGGGUCUAGCACCGAGGUGGCCUGCGCUUCCCUGGGUCGUCAAGGAAAUUCUCAGAUUCCGACUUAACCUUUUCACAUUAGAUCUUAAUCUCCCAUGGAAAACAUAUCAUGGGCUGUUGUUUCUCUAGUUCUAUGUGUGGCUAUAGGUUUUGUUAGUCCAGCAGACCCAGGUGCGCCACUUAUCUUCAUAUUUGGUGACUCAACUGCUGAUGUUGGAACAAACAAUUUCUUGCUCACCAGCACGGCUAGGGCUGACUUUCCCCACAAUGGCAUUGACUUUCCUUCCUCAGAACCCACUGGGAGGUUCAGCAAUGGCCUCAACAGUGCUGAUUUUCUUUCUAUGACUUUCGGUCUCAAGAGAAGUCCGCCGCCAUUUUUCUCUCUCAACGCUACGUCUCUUUCCAACAAGACAUUUGGUGGUGUUAACUUUGCUUCUGGAGGGUCAGGCCUAUUUGACAUAACUGGAAAAAAAUCAGUGCUGGCUCUGAUGAAGUAUGGAACGCCAAAGAAAACUCAGUUUGCUGCCUCAUCCGUCAGUCAGAAAAAUGUUGUCCCAUUAGCAGAGCAGAUACAACAAUUUUCCACUGUCAAGAGCAAUCUUACCGCCAUAAAAGGGGGGAGGAGAGUAACUGAGAGGUCCUUGUUCUUUAUCAGCAUUGGUAGCAAUGACCUUUUCGGAUAUUACCACUCAAACAGUUCCAUACCAAAGGAAGAAUUCUUAACUUCUUUAUUACUUGCUUAUGAAAACCACUUGAAGGGCUUAAUCGAUCUUGGAGCAAGGAAGUUUGGCAUCAUUAGCGUUGCCCCAAUCGGAUGCUGUCCAUCUCAAAGGGUUUACAACGCCUCUGGCGGGUGUUUAGAGGAUUUAAAUGAUCUUGCAGUAGCUUUCCACUCAAGGUUGGAUGCCCUAAUGUCCAAGCUAAGCUCAGAAUGCAAGGACGUCAAGUAUGCACUUGGCAAUGCAUUUGAGAUGACAAUAAAUGUCAUUCGGAACCCUCUUCCAUUCAAUUUUACACAAGUGGAAGCUGCCUGUUGCGGAGCUGGGAAGCUCAACGGUGAAUCCUUCUGCAGUCCAAAUGCCACACUUUGUUUGAAUCGCAACAACUACUUGUUCUGGGAUCUAUUUCAUCCAACACAGGCGGCCUCUAAGUUAGCAGCUGUGACCCUCUUCAAUGGUGGACCACAAUUCGUAACCCCGAUAAAUUUCGCUCAGUUGGCCAUGGCUUAAUGGAGUAACCAUUUUGAAGUGAUCAAUUG